CACUCAGUGUUUACUGUGUCGUCUACAAGUUGCGUGAGCGCUUGGUGAGGUGCGGUGAUGACACCAGUGUUUUUUUUCAAGUGGUGGUUAACUUUUUUCUUUGAUCUUUGAGGCAGUUUUGGUGUAAAUAUCUCAAAACCACCUCAGUUAAAAAAAAAAAAAAAAAGUAAAGUCCAACCUUCUCGCUACGUGUGAUUUUAUGUUAAAGUGAAAGUUUCAGACGUCGAGAAACUAGAAAACACAAUUUGUGCUUUCUUCAAGGAAAUUUUCUGCAUGCAGAAGGACCACGCGAAGAAGAGGAGAAUGUCAAGCGACAUAGUGGCCAUGGACAUGGCCCAGCCGGAGAACGCGGCCUUUGCGAAAAAGAGUGGCUUCUUCAUCAGCCGCGGCAUGGCAUGGUUCUUGCUGCUUCUCUUCGUCAGCGGCCUGCUGGCGACGGGUCUCCUGGUGUAUUACUACGCCCCUGAUCCCUAUCCUUCGUCAGUGCAGGAGAAGCACCAGCAGGAAACACCUCGUCCUGGUGACGUAACAAGUGAAGUGGAAUCCCCCUCAGCCCACAGGCCGAAGACGACGACUUCUACGAGCAGCCCAAGCACUUCCGCGCCUCCGUCCACGACCACAUCAGCAGCCCCUGACAAUGAGGAAGUGCCGGAGGAGGUGGUGGUAGAGAGGGGGAGGGAGGAUGUGCUGGAGGGGGAGGAUGGGGAGGAGGGUGAAAUCAUGCCCAGUCCAGACACGCCGGAGGAAGAACGACAACCGACGAAAAAGCCAAACGUGAGAUUACCCAGAUCCUUGAAACCCGUCCAUUACCAGAUCAAACUCCAGCCCUUCGUCAGAGGAAACUUCAGCAUCUUCGGGUACGUUGAGAUCGAGAUGGAGGUCCUCGAACCGACGGCCGAAAUCGUCCUCCACAUCCUUAACAUCGAGACUCAUAAUGACACAGUGAAGCUCCAACCAGCUGAUAAUCCGGGCCACUCCGGAUUAAAGAUUGUGAAGCACGAAUAUGACCACGAGAGAGAAUUCUACAUCGCCCAUUUAGAAGAGCCGCUCGAACAGGGCCAGUAUUACGUCCUUUCCAUGAAUUUCCUCGGAUACCUCAACGACAAACUGAAGGGCUUCUACAGGUCGUCAUACAAAGAUGAGGAGGGAAACGAAAGAUGGAUAGCAUCAACGCAGUUCCAGCCGACGCACGCCAGGGCGGCCUUCCCCUGCUUUGACGAGCCCGGAAUGAAGGCCACCUUCGAAGUGUUCCUGGGGCGCGAGGAAAACAUGACCUCCAUCUCCAAUAUGCCUUUGGCCGAGACCCUUCCUCUAGAUGACCAGGAGGGUUGGUACUGGGAUCGUUUUAACACCAGCGUCCCCAUGUCUACCUAUCUGGUUGCCUUCGUGGUAUCGGACUUCGUGUACCUGAACUCUACCACUGACAAUGGCACCUCCUUCAGAGUGUGGGCUCGUGAAUCAGUUAUCGACCAGGCGGAAUACGCUAACGACAUUGGACCCAAACUGCUAUCAUACUUUGAGGAUUAUUUCCAAGUGCCUUAUCCUCUGCCAAAACAGGACAUGAUUGCUCUGCCUAACUUCUUAGGGGGAGCCAUGGAGAACUGGGGGCUCAUCAUCUACAGAGAAACCUCCAUGCUAUUCGACCUCGAAUCGUCAGCCGCAGAGAACCAGAGAUGGGUGACCCUCGUGAUGGCACACGAAUUGGCCCACCAGUGGUUUGGCAACAUCGUUACCCCGAAGUGGUGGGACGACCUGUGGCUCAACGAAGGAUUCGCUUCUUUCGUGCAGUACAUCGGGAUGGACCACGUCCAGCCAAGUUGGAAAGUCAUGGAACAGUUUGUCAUCGAUACCCUUCAGAGCGUCUUUGCUCUGGACUGUCUGGAAUCUUCCCACCCCAUCAGCCUGAAAGUGGGAGAUCCCGACGAGAUCAGUCAAAUCUUUGAUGGCAUCUCCUACAACAAAGGUUCUUCAAUCAUAAGAAUGAUGAUCCACUUCCUCACCGAAGCAUCACUGCGGAAGGGUCUCACUAAUUACCUGGAAGAAUUCAAGUACAACAACGCAGAGCAAGACGACCUGUGGAAGUACCUGACGAUGGCAGCACAUGAGGACGGCACUCUGCCGACCGACCUGACGGUGAAAACGAUCAUGGACACGUGGACGCUGCAGAUGGGUUACCCAGUCAUCAAUGUCACCAGAUCUCCCGACGGAACCACAGCGACUGUGACGCAGGAGCGAUACCUCCUCAACAAGAAGGACUCCCGGGACGACAGCAAGUACAGCUGGUGGGUGCCGUUGAAUUACGCCUCGCAGGGUAACCCUAACUUCACGGUGACGAGCCCCUUGGUGUGGAUGAAGGACUCCGAGUCCGAGAUCACCGUAUCUUCGCUUCCCUCGGGUGACGAGUGGGUGAUCUUCAACGUCCAGGAGACCGGCUUCUACAGGGUCAACUACGACGACGACAACUGGAACCUCAUCAUCGAGCAGCUGAAGGCGGACCACGAGGUCAUCCACACCAUCAAUCGAGCUCAGAUCAUCGACGACGCCAUGGAUCUCGCCCGAGCAGGUCAUCUGAGCUACGAAAUCGCCCUGGACAUUUACACCUACUUGGGGAACGAGACAGAAUACGUACCGUGGAAAUCUGCUGUCAACAAACUGGAGAGUCUGGUGGAACUCUUCGAGCGCACUGGCGGGUACGGAGCACUACAGAGCUACAUCAAGGACAUGAUCGUCCCGUUGUACGAAUCAGUCGGAUUUGAACACAACGCCUCCGACAGCCUGCUGACCCAGUUCAAGAGGAAGACAGCCCUGUCAUGGGCCUGCAGGUUGGGCCACCAGGACUGUCUCGACAAUUCCGCUGCUCUCUACCGGCAGUGGAUGGAAGACCCUCAAACCAACACCAUAUCCCCAAACAUCAAGGAAACAGUGUACUGCAGAGCCAUUGAAGCUGGCGGUGAUAAGGAAUGGGAAUUCGCCUGGAACAUGUUCCUAGAAACAACAGUUGCCUCGGAGACGCUCGUGCUCCUCAAAGCGAUGGGAUGCACAAAGAAAAUCUGGCUUCUUUCAAGGUACCUAGAAAUGGCCUUCCCGACAGACAGAGGAAUCAAGUUGCAGGAUUCUGAAGUAGUCUUUUCAGCAGUCGCCAAGAACCCAGUAGGACGUCCGUUGGCUUGGACCUUCCUCAGAGACAACUGGGGAAAGAUAUACAAGCACUAUGGCAAGGCAAACAGACGAAUCCUCAAGUCAGUUACGGCUGGAUUCAACACAAGGCAACAAUUGAAAGAGGUGCAGUUAUUCCAAGAGGAACAUAAACGUGACCUCGGGGCUGCUUCCAGGACGAUGGAGAACGCUAUCGAGAGAAUCACCAACGACAUUGCCUGGAUGGACUCCAACUACCAAAACAUUGUAGACUGGCUCGAGAGUCAAGGGUACAGCUCGAAAGUGAGCAAUAUUUAGGCGAUAUAGACAUUUAGUGUUAAAAUAUGAAAAUGAAUGUUGUUUUUGCUGUUUUCAUUAUUGAUGUCAGUGAUAAGGGAGUCAAGAAUUCAGACACAUUUUGUUGUGAUCGCUGGUUUCCUUUCGGGAACGUCGAUGAUAAUAUGAUAUCUACGACUGAUUAUCGACUGGUGGUUCUUCAACCUGGCUUUAUCAAGUACCGACAUUCACUUCAGGGAAAUCAAGCGAGUCCAUCUUCCUACUUACCGCCUUCGCCACACAGUUCCCAUGUGUCAUGAUUUUCAUUUUGGUUUGACGACUUUCUUUUGCACAAAAUAUCAGUUAUAUGACAAGCGAAAUUAUUCACAGGAAUGCCACCUUACUAACGUAUUCUGUCCAUUCGAAACAAUGUAACGUAGGUACCUAUAGCCACUAUCGUACUUUGAUUAUAUCCUCGUCGCUGUCAUUUCAUACACAAGAUAUGUUUUUGUUCAUAUUAUUUCCUGCUCAUACGAAAGAAAUCCAGUCGCUGCAGCGCGUCAGUACUAGAAGCUAAUAGAAGCUAAUACCAGCAUACCGCCCGGUUGGUUGCACAGUUAAAAGACAAUCUGUAGAUUUUACCCAGAAGCCCCAAGUAGUUGUAAAUACAAGUUUUGAAUUUUCACGUUUUUUAACUGCCAUCACCUCUUAAGUCGGGCAUAUUUUAGUGUGUUUAUGAAAAGCGCCUACUAAAAGAAGCUGAUUUGAGUGAUUGACCAUAGAAGGAUUGCAUUUUUAUGAAUGAAUUUCCUACUCAUGGUCACCACAGUCAAUAAAUAUCAUGAUGACCAGCAGCGCUUACGUCUCUCGAAACUUGUAACGUACGUAGACAAAUUACCGGGAACCUUUCUUUAUGGAAACAUACUAAUUAUCGGUAGAUCUCGUCUUUUAAAGUUUUAAUUUAAUUUUUUUCUUGCUAACAUUAUAUAAAAUGUUUUUCAGUUACGUAGAAAAAACAGAGCAUAAAACAAUGUACUUAACUUUUAUAGAAUUACGAGUCCUGUGGACUGCAAAUAAUAAAUGUAAUAAUGUUA